AUGCACGCUACACUUCUGUGCGGUGCGAUACGCGCGGCGGCGCUGCCAAAGAAAGCGGCGCCGCUGUACCAACUUCUUCGCGAAACUACGGCGCAAAGCGGGGCUGAUGCAGAGUGCCCUACUCGAGCAGGCAAUGCGCCUCUGAGCAGCUCCCUGCCGAAGGGCUCCUCAACGGAGGGCUGCACCUUACUCUCGUCUCUGCCGGUGGGAAUGUUUGAAGGGCUGAAUCGGCAUGUCUGGGUGGACAGCAGGCGAGGCUUCUGCCACCUCUGCCAGGAGCCCGUGAGUAACGUCACGUUGCACUCCAGUGACCGCGAUCACACCAGUAUGCUGUUUUUCCUGCUUCUCUACACGGCGUACCCGAGACAUGACCUGCUGACUGAGGCGGCGCAAGCCCCGACCGCCGGGGAGAAGGCGGCCGUUAUGGUGAACGGUGCGAAUUGCGCCUCGCGACCAUCCUCUACCACCCCGCCUCUCCCGCCCGCUGCCCACGCCAGAGCCACAGCGCCGUCGCCGCCAGUGUCCGUUUCGAAAAACAAAAUUAGCCCGCUCUUCACCCCAGAUUGUGUCCUUAGCGGGGCGAAGCGGCACUUUCCGUCUCUCUUCCGCUACGUCACGGACUGUCGCACCACGGACCGCCUACACGUCGUCGACGAUGCCGUGCGCCGCGCCGAGCUGGAGGCGCUCUUACUGUACCUGGCGCACCCACCGCAUCAGGCGCUCUCACACGUGCUGCAAGGCCAAAGCCCGAAUGGAUUUUGGUACAACGGGGAGCGCAUGUGGAAGGCCCACAUCAGCCGCAUCGUCACGCAGCUGUACCCGCCCAUGUCGGCUGGCAUGAUGACCAACUUCACCCAGAAGUGCUGGGGCCGCACUAACGGGGAGCGGCUGUACGACGCACUUUGCCUGCACCGGAUGAAGGCCUACCACGGCUGGGGCCCCUUCGAGAGUAAAGAGCGCAAGGCCUUUUUUUUAAGGCAUCUGAUCUGGGAGCUGCUCUGUGUCGAGGUCCGCGACGAGGUGUCGGAGGAGGCAAAACUCUUGACCUCGCUGGCGCUUCGACGGCUCGCGUUUGAGAUGGUCUUCCUGCAGUCGAUGGACUACAUGGAUCGAGUCCAGCGGGUGCAUGAGCUGCUGGGCAGCCCCACACUGGACGAGCUGAAAAACCUUAACGUGCUCUGA